GUCUCAGCGCGCUCGGUUCUCAGUUUCAUUAACUUCAUCUGAAACUCAGAUGAACUAAGACGAAGUUUAGUGUUGACAGAUUUUUCGCUUGAGUUUUUUCGAUUUUCGAUUCAUCACUUGUAUGUCUGUCAGAGAAUCUCGGAGCCUCGUGCGCUCUUGCCUCGCGGUGAUGGACAGUCGGUCCACGCGCUAGACGGUUAACGGAUUGAGGAGGAGCAACAGGAGGUUUCACGACCGAGUCACACCGGGACCAAGGAGGAUUUUACGGACUUUUCUGACACAAACUGCGGCUCUUUUGAUUCUGUUUGCCAGGAACUGAUUAAACAUCUACUCGGUUUCGACAGGAACCACAGUUUGACCCGAUAAAUCUGCUGUCUGAACGUUUGUCCGCCAUCAUGUAUCCCUCAGCGGUCAGCGUUUUUGUGCACUGCAGUUUCGUACUGGCCCUCAUUCAGGUCCUGGUGCUGGUCUGUCCUGCAGCAGGAUACAAUCUGGAUCAGGACCACAGUCUGGAGUUCAGAGGUUCCCCCUCCUCCAUGUUUGGAUACUCAGUCCUGCUGCAUCACCACAGAGCUCAUAACUGGUUGGUGGUUGGAGCGCCAGUCGAGAACUCAACCUCCAAUCCGUCCAUUCAAUCUCCAGGAGCUGUUUAUCGCUGCAACAUCAGUGCUGAGUCCCGUCACUGCCAUCGCAUGCCUGCUGAUGUGCUGAGCUGUGGGAAGACGUGUGAAGCAGAGAGUGAUCACCAGUGGCUGGGAGUCAGUCUGUCCAGACAACCUGGCGACAAAGGAGGACAUGUCAUGGCAUGUGCACACCGCUGGAAGAACAUCUACUACUCCAAGAAAGACAGUCAGAACCACAAGCUGCCUAACGGAGUCUGUUAUCGCUAUGGCAGUGACCUGAGUCACGGCCGACCCAUGAUCCCCUGCUAUAGAGACCACCAGCGGAAGUUCGGUGAAGAUUAUGGGUCAUGUCAGGCCGGUAUUUCUAAUUUCCUGACAGAGGAUCUGAUCAUCAUGGGGGCCCCAGGGACGUCGUACUGGAUGGGCUCAGUCCUGGUGUUUAACACGUCCAGUGGAGGGAUGUCAGUGUACCUUGAUGAUGACACUGGAUCAGUCAGCUUCGGAAGCUACCUGGGUUACUCUGUUGGAGCCGGUCACUUCCUGAGUCCUGCUACUGUGGAGGUGGUGGGUGGAGCUCCGCAGUACAACCAGAGGGGCAAGGUCUUCAUCUUCACUGUAGUGGAGAACAUGUUGCGUGUAAUCUCUGAAGUGUCCGGAAAAGAGCUGGGAGCUUACUUCGGCUCCAGUGUGUGCGUGGUGGAUCUGAAUGCAGAUGGUUUGUCAGAUCUGUUGGUCGGUGCUCCCAUGGCAACCGGCGUUACCAGGGAGGAGGGACGAGUCCACGUGUACAUCAACCAGGGCCAGGCCAACUUGUCGGAGGCGGCGUUUCAGCUGACUGGCAGCGACGCCUAUGCAGCCCGGUUUGGAGAGACCAUUGCUGACCUGGGAGACCUGGACGAUGACGGUUACCAUGAUGUGGCGGUUGGUGCACCACAGGAAGAUGACCUAAAAGGAGCUGUCUACAUCUAUAAUGGCAGGAAGGACGGCAUCUCAUCAACUCCAUCUCAGAGAAUUACUGGAUCCACCUUGGGUCAUAACCUCAGGAUGUUCGGCCAGUCACUGAGCUCCGGCGUUGACAUUGACGAUAAUGGUUACCAGGAUGUGGCAGUUGGUGCGUUCCUCUCAGACUCAGCUGUGGUUCUCAGGACUCGUCCAGUGAUUCAGGUGAAGGCGUCUCUGGCUCUGCCUGAGCAGAUUGACCAGCGGCUGGCGCUGUGCCAAGAACACAAGACUCCAACUGUCUGCUUCAAUGUCACCGUCUGCUUCAGUGUCAGGUCCAGACGGUACACAGGAGCUAUAGAGCUUCAAUAUAAUUUGACCUCUGACCUCCUCCAUAAGCCAUCCUUCCCUCAUCGUUUCUAUUUCCAUGGUAACGGGUCGUCUAAUAGCACAAAGGGUCGUGUGAGAGCACGACAUGGCCAUGUCACUUGUACAACACAUGUGGCUCACCAAAGGAAAGACGUGAGGGAUAUUUUUACUCCAGUCCAGUUUGAAGUUUCCUAUAGUCUCAGAGAAACAAAAACCCACAAAGCCUCUUCUAAAACCUUCCCUCCAUUAAAACCUAUUCUGCAGCAGAGAGCAGGACACCAGAACACCAUCACCAACCAGACUCGGUUUGCUCGUUCCUGUUCUCUGGUAAACUGUUCAACCAACAUGCAGUUGUCAGCUCAACUAGUGCUGCCACAUCAGCAGGACUACUUCGCUCUUGGCUCCGGACAGACCAUCAUGUUGAAAACAUCGCUGUUGAACUCUGGAGACAAUGCAUUCCUGCCACGUCUGACACUCCAAUUCCCAAACAACAUCCACUACAUUAAAGUCCUGCAGAACCAGGAGAAUGUGGUCAGUUGUGAUGUCACUCAGGAAAUCAACAGUACAAUGGUGGUUGUUGACUGCAGCGUCACCAGCCUCCUCCUCCCAGCCCACAACCAGUUGAACAUCAGCUUCCUUUUGGAUGUGAACCAGAACAGCACAGCAGGUGACAUCAACAUCCAUGUUAACACCAGCAGUGAUAACUAUGAGAGGGAGGAGUAUCUCCAUGACAACGCCAUCAGUCUCCCCCUUCAUCUUAAAUAUGGAGUCAACAUCAACAUCCACGGUUUUGUGACUCCCGACUCUUUUGUGUUUGGAGAUGAAGACUUGACUCCAGUUGACUGCUACACUGAAAGAUUCAACUACACAUACAAGGUCUUAAACUCUGGUCCCAGCAGGUCAGUAGAUACUGUGGUUGACAUCGUGUUACCAAAGAUCCUCGCACCGUACCGACACAGACUACUGCAGGUGGUCGACUGGCAGUCAUCUCAUGGUGUGUGUUCGCUCAGUGACACGACUGUUUCAGUCAUCGAGGACUGUGCCGUCCCUCAAGCCUCCUUCAUCAAACAACUCAUCUUCUUUUUCUCCUCCACCUCCACCCGCAGAAUGUUUUGUGGCCGUGGUGAUGAGCUGUGCGAGCGGCUGGUGUGUCGUCUUGGCAACCUGGAGGCGGGGAGAGAUGCCACCAUCCAACUGGAGACCAGACUGAACCCUGCUGUACUACUGCAAGCUCCGGGUCGUCACGGUUUCAUGAAGUUGGAGAGCACAGCGAUGAUAUCAUCUCCCAAAGAAGAUCCUCACACCGUCCUCAUCCAGAAACACCCUCAAGCUCAGGUGGUGGUUGAAGCUCUUUUUACCCAGAAACCCUCAAUGACAGUGAAGAUCUUCAUUAUUGUCGUCAGUUUAGUUUUGGGUCUUUUGAUCUUGGCUGGUCUCAUCUGGUGUCUGUGGAAGGCUGGUUUCUUCAAGAGGGAACUUCAGAAGAAGGAGGAGGAGCUCAGGAGACACAGCUGGGACUACGUUCCCAAAAGCAGCGACAGAGAGAGCUUUUCCUAACUGUCACUUCUACCCCAUGACCU